AAAAAUAUAUAUCUAUCUGCAGAUAUAUUUUUAAUGGAAUGACAUUGUCGAAACAUAAAGUUUUAAACCAGUGCUUUGUAACUCAUUACUUUUAUUCUGCUAAGCAUUUUUACCCGGAAGCAGUUUUUGGUCCUUGCUAAUUCAAUGCUUUAGACCGAACUUGAUGCUUCAGCCAAAAUAAACACACACAUUCUCUUUUCAUUUAGUUUUAACCAGAAAUGACAAGUGCUCAAUGAGGUCUCACGUCAGCGAUGGCUGUAGUGUCUUGGAAGGAGAUCUGUCUUCUGACUGGACUGGUGGUGGGCUGCUACUGGAACAGCCUGUUCUGUGGGUUUGUGUUCGAUGAUGUCUCUGCUAUCUUGGAUAACAAAGACCUUCGCCCCACCACACCACUGAAGAACCUUUUCCUCAAUGAUUUCUGGGGCACACCUAUGUCAGAGGAGAGGAGUCAUAAGUCCUACCGGCCGCUUACUGUUCUCACCUUCCGCCUCAAUUACCUGUUCAGUGAGUUGAGCUCCUCAUCAUACCACCUCCUCAAUGUGGUUCUCCAUGCCGUGGUAUGUGUCUUCUUCCUCCACUUCUGCCGUCUGCUCUUGGACCGAAGCACCAGCCUCAUAGCGGCUCUGCUGUUUGCUGUCCAUCCCAUCCACACAGAGGCUGUGACAGGUGUCGUUGGCAGGGCUGAGUUGCUGUCCUCCAUUUUCCUGCUGGCUGCUUUCCUGGCAUACACCAAAUCAAAAGGCGCCGAUCACUCCAUAGUCUGGACUCCCAUCAUUUCAACUGUGUUCCUGGUUGCCGUUGCCACACUAUGCAAGGAGCAGGGAAUAACUGUCAUUGGGAUAUGCUGUAUUUACGAGGUGUUUGUUGCCCAAGGGUUCACUCUGCCCAUGCUGAUCGACACCCUACUUCAGGUGUUGAGAGGAAAAGAUGGUUUUCCCUAUGCUGUUCUCCAGACCCUCCUGAAGCUCAUUGUCCUGAUCAUCAGCACAUUAUUGCUGGUCAUCGUCAGGGUGCAGGUCAUUCAGUCCCAGUUGCCAGUGUUCACCAGGUUUGAUAAUCCAGCUGCCGUCAGCUCCACCCCGACCAGGCAGCUGACCUUCAACUACCUCCUGCCAGUAAACGCUUGGCUGCUGCUCAACCCCUCUGAGCUGUGUUGUGACUGGACAAUGGGCACUAUCCCCCUUGUGGAGUCACUGCUGGACCCUCGCAACCUCGCCACAGUGGUAUUUUACGCCAUGUUGAGCCUCCUGGCUUAUCACAGCCUUUGGUACGGCCACAGCUCUGCAAAGAUCGUCAUGAUGGCACUGUCGCUGAUCGUCCUUCCUUUUAUCCCUGCGUCCAACCUGUUUUUCCCCGUGGGCUUUGUUGUAGCCGAAAGGGUCCUGUAUGUGCCCAGCAUGGGAUUUUGUGUUUUGGUAGCCCAUGGAUUUAAACUCCUGUCCCAAAGAGGAGGCCUAAAGAAAAUGUCUUGGUUGCUCAUGGGAGUUCUUCUAACAACACACGCCGUGAAGACUUUCAACAGAAACUGGGAUUGGGAGUCCGAAUACACACUUUUUACAUCUGCACUGAAAGUGAACAGGAACAAUGCCAAACUCUGGAACAAUGUGGGACAUGCUUUGGAGAAUCAGAACAGUUACGAGAGAGCAUUGAGAUACUUCCUUCAGGCCACAAGAGUGCAACCAGAUGACAUUGGGGCCCACAUGAACGUUGGGAGAACCUACAAAAACCUUAACAGGUCCAGAGAGGCAGAGGAGGCAUAUCUAAUUGCAAAAUCCCUUAUGCCACAGAUCAUUCCAGGGAAGAAGUAUGCAACCCGUGUGGCCCCCAACCAUCUGAACGUCUACAUUAACCUGGCAAACCUAAUUCGGGCGAAUGACUCCCGCCUGGAGGAAGCCGACCAACUCUAUAGGCAGGCCAUCAGCAUGAGACCGGACUUCAAGCAAGCCUACAUCAGUCGAGGGGAGCUUCUGCUGAAAAUGAACAAGCCCAGUGAGGCGAAGGACGCCUACCUACGAGCUCUGGAGUUGGACCAUACCAAUGCAGACCUCUGGUACAAUCUGGCAAUUGUCAAUAUUGAGAUGAAGGACCCCUCAGAGGCUCUGAGAAACUUUAAUCGUGCACUGGACCUGAAUCCACACCACAAACUAGCACUCUUCAACUCAGCGCUUCUCAUGCAAGAGUCAGGCGAGGCAAAAUUUCGUCCAGAGGCAAACCGUCGCUUUCUUACCUACGUGAAAGAAGAGCCAGAUGAUGCUAACGGCUACUUCAACCUGGGCAUGCUGGCAAUGGAUGCUAACGAAAACGAAGAGGCCGAGCGCUGGAUGCGGAAGGCCAUUCGACUGCAACCCGGCUUCCGCAGCGCUUUGUUUAACUUGGCCCUGCUCUACUCUCAGUCGCAACGUGAACUGGAUGCUCUCCCGGUGCUUGAGGAGCUGCUGCGGUACCACCCGGAGCAUGUCAAAGGCCUGAUCCUCAAGGGAGACAUCCUCAUGAACCACCGCAAGGAUACACGUGGCGCCAAGGCCUGUUUCGAACGCAUCUUGAACAUGGACCCCAGCAACGUGCAGGCCAAGCAUAACCUCUGUGUGGUGUACUUCGAAGAACGGGAGCUCGAGCGUGCCGAGCACUGUCUGGUGGAGACUCUUGCCAUGGCCCCGCACGAAGAGUACAUCCGACGGCACCUUGCCAUCGUACGUAACAAAAUGGCUGCCAUGAGUGCCGCGGGCCAGCCGAUUGCACCAAAAGAGGGUGGUAGUGAAUCGGACAAGCAAGAGCAACAACAACAGGACAAACAGGAGGAGGAGGAAGAGCAGGGAGUUGCCUCAGGAGCAGGGGAGGGGGCCAGGAAGGAGAAGAAUAUGAGGAAAUCCUCCCCCAAAGAAAGCAUCAGCAGCCAGAGCCACGGCCAAUCAAAGAAGUUGGAAGCGGGCCAGCCUGACAAGCGGACUAAGAGCAAAUCCACAAAAGAGAUUAAAGAUAUAGAAAAGAAAAGGGCGGCUGCCUUGAAGAGACUGGAGGAGAUUGAACGCAUAUUAAGCAGCGAUUAACCUUGUUUAUCAACCACCACACUAUUUUUAUAUAUAACUAUUUAAAGUGCAAGAACGAGACUCUUGGUUUUUUUUGGGUUUUUAAUUGAGACCUUGAAUAUGCAUGUUUCGUGGCGCUUUUGUUUGAUUUGUUUUGUGUCUUUUAUAUAUUGUGUGGUAUACCUCCUUUUUCCACAGCUUUAAUUAUGUAAAGCUGUUCGGCUGAAAAGGGAAACCAGGUGUGUACUCACAACAUGCGCUGAAAAAGCACAAAAUUAGGUACUUUUUUUUUUUUUAAAGAAUCCCUACUUAAAAUCGUUUAUUACCAUAUUGUUUAUUUAUGAUUAUCUAUUUUUGAGUCACUGGAUUAGUUUUUUCACUUGUUUGUUUUAAUUUACCAUAUCACAGGCAAGUAUUACUCAUAAUCACAAAUAAAGUAUUGGUAAAAUCAUUCAGCUCAUUUUAUAGCAGGGCCUCUGGGUGGUCCGUCACAUGGCUGUUGUAAUUUAGCUCAGCAGACUCCUCUGCCUCUUUGCAUGACAUCACUGCACUUCCUCCAAUUCUCUGCUGCUGUUUGUUCAUGUGUCAUUAUUGCUGUUUUUUUUUUUUUUUUUAACCAAAUGGUGUCAGUGUUUAAUUAUAUCCUCUGACAAUAAUCUCAUUCUGAAUUAGGGUCACCUCCCUUCUCCAGCCCUCUUUUUGCAGGCUUAUGGGAUUUUUCUGUAUGGUUUGAAUACCGUUUGGGCUCUAACUGAUUUCACAGAUUGGUCAUGCAGAGACAGACUUUUUCCUUUUUCUUUGGAGUUUUUCUUUACUAUUUAAGGUUUUCGUGGCUUUUGACUCUGUUUCUUGUUCUCCCACAAAGAUCUUUCCCUAAUUAUAAUCAGACAAUAAUCGGGAAAAAAACUUUAAAGGAAUAAUUCACUCAAAACUAAACAUCUGUCAUCAUUUACUAACCCUCAUGUCAUUCAAAACCUGUAUGACUGACGACUUCAGUGGAACAUAAGACACUUUUUACUCAAAUGUACUGUUAUACAUGAUGCAAAAAUGUCAUAUGCAAAUUUUCAAAUGACUUUAAUUUUGGUGUUUUUCUCAUGCAAAGUUACCAAAUGACUUCAAAAGAAAACUACAAACUACAAUGUUUUUUUAAACCGUAGUCUUCAUUCAUUACAUUUGCGUUGACGGGAAUGAAUAGAACAGUUCUUAAAUGUCUUUUAUAUGUGUUUGAAGUGACAUGGGGGUGAGUAAAUGAUGACAGUAUUGUCAUUUUGGGUGAACUGGCCAUUUAAUAUGCUGAACAUCACAGUGUAGACCAUAACUUUUUUUUUUCUAUUUGGAAAGAAUCAAUCAUUCAAUUCCUAAGCCAAGAUCACACGCUAGUGUGUUACUUCAGUAUUCUAAUGUGCUGCAGAUGAACUUCAUAUAUUCAUGUUGCGCUUACAGUUGAGUUGGGCAUAUUGUUUCCUGUGAAGCCGAAACAACCAUGUGCUGUCGCCGUUUUACUGUUUACUUUGAAGGCAAGCCCUGAAAUAUCUUACUCUAUCUCCUCUGACCUUUCUGAAGAUCUUAACAAAGAAAAAAGGUACCUGAGAGCUCACUGAUCUGUCAAGGCAGAGUCCUCAAAGCCUGUGAGAGUGCAUUUCCAUAUAUUCUACAACACUAGCAGUGUUAACACUAAUGUGGGGCACAUAUGAUGUGAUAUUUUGUUGCGUUAAAGUAAUAAAGCCACUUUAAGUAGCAAAACUGUCUGAUUAAGUAGCGGACUCAUGUAGUUCACAGUGCUAUCGGCUGUUUUGCCAUUUGAGAUGUUCACUCAUAAAACUUGAACAAGAAACCUGAAUCGCUGCACCUUGUUAGCAACAUUGAAAAAAAAUAAAUAAAUAAAAAAAAAAUUUUUAUUGUCAGUUUGAUAGUUUAUAAGGACAGAUUUACAUGGCUGUAUCAUAUUAAUCCUCAAAUAUAUAGUGUUGGGAGUUCAUUUCCCAUUAAAUCAUCUCACUCAACUCUAAUUCAGCUGUUCGUGUUUCCCUCAGCUCAGCUUGAAUCUUUAUGAUGUUUUUGGACUCUUUCCUCAUGUUUACUCAUGCUGUGCUUUCACCCCAUAUCCAAUUUCUUACAUCUUGAUUUAUAGUAUUUACCUUUUUAUUUGGACUAAUGUUUUGACUUAUGAGUGGUGGAGGGGCCUACAGUUUUCCAAUAAAAAAUUACUUGCAUCACAAA